CCUCAUGAAGCAGCAACCAGAAAUAAUCCUUUAGGAAAGGAUUAUUGUACUUGUCAACAUUUGGGUUUUAAUUAGCUGGAAGACAAGAUGCCUAUUUACACAGUUCCUGCCAGGAGCCCUGCUGGGACACGAUGCACAGCCACUUUCCAGAAGGCUUCCUCACACAAUAGCCUGGCCAGCAGCAAAGCAUCUGGGCAGCAGCUGAGGUCACAGGUUUUGGGAGAAAAGGAUGGGCUGCCUUCAUGUCCUCAGAAUAAGGCUGAGGAAAUAAAUAGCACCUAUGUGAUUUCAGCUUGUGAAAAAGUGAACGAUGUGUCAACUUGUAAACUGGAAGGCAGAUUAACACUCCAGAGGAGAACUGGAGCAAGUAAAAACUCAGUGUCUGGUAGUGACACAACACAGAAUACAGAAGAACUACAAACAGAGAAAAGACUUACUCUGCGGAGACGUGUGGGGACUGCCUCCACAGAGGGGAGUACAAUUAAUCACAAUAUUGUGCCUAGAAAAGGAAAUGAUAACUUUGAUGCACGAGGAAAGGACAAGAUUACACUUCCACACAAUAGUAAGGGUACAGAUGGUGUUAAACCAAACUUGAAGUUAUCUGAGAGUCAGUCAAGUACCAAGUUGCAGCAUAACCUGAACAGCAAGGAUACCUUUGAUUUGGUUGGUGGUGCCUGUGAAAAUGCUAUCAACACAUGUUUAAAAGAUAAGACAAGCACUGCUGACACAAAGUUUCGAAAUGAAGUUCCUAAAUCAGAAGGGUUUGUUACCCCAAAAUGUACUGACAGCCUGUCAGGAGAACAACAGAAUGAAAAAGGCAAUAUAAAUAAGCUAGCUGGAAAGCAAAGAGUACAGCACUUGAUGAUAAAACAGAGCAGCUUAGAAAUACCAAGGACACCAGCAAAAGUUUUGGCAGAAAGAUUUACACCAAAGAACAGCACUUCUCAAAAUCAACCAUCUCUCAAGCCAGUCUCAAAUGAACAAACACCUCAUCUGCAAAUUUCAGCCAAGAAACUUCCUAGUGUCUCCAGCUCUCUUCCUGUGGGUACAAGUUCAGGAACAAAAGUGAGCACAGAAACUUUAGCUGAGAGCAGCAGUACUGGGGAAGAUGUUUUCAAAGUGAAAAACAGCAAAGUGAUUGUAGCUGUGCGGGUGAGGCCCUUCAGUAACAGAGAGAAAACUGAAAACUCCUUCCCUGUGAUCUACAUGAAUGGUUCAGAGACAAUUGUACGAAAUCUGUCCACAAACCAAGUUUACAACUUCAGUUAUGACUUCUCCUUCUGGUCUUUUGACAAGGAUCAUCCUAAUUUUGCAAGCCAAGCAAUGAUUUAUAAAACUUUGGCACUGCCACUCCUCGAAAGAGCUUUUGAGGGAUACAAUGCUUGUCUUUUUGCUUACGGUCAGACUGGCUCUGGAAAAUCAUACACGAUGAUGGGAUUUGAUGAAGAUCGAGGAAUAAUUCCAAGACUUUGUGAAGAUCUUUUCAAUCAAAUAGCUCAAAUGGACAAGGAACAGGUUUUGUAUCAUCUUGAAAUGAGCUUCUUUGAAGUAUACAAUGAGAAAAUUCAUGAUUUGCUUGUCUUUAAAGCUGAAAAUGGACAGAAGAAACAACAACUUCGUGUGAGAGAACAUCCAGUGUUAGGACCAUAUGUGGAAGGCCUGACAGUGAAUGUUGUCCGUUCCUACUCGGAUAUUCAGAGUUGGCUUGAGCUAGGAAAUAAGCAGAGAGCAACAGCUGCUACAGUAAUGAAUGACAAGAGCUCUAGAUCUCAUUCUGUCUUCACCCUUGUCAUGACACAAACCAAGGUAGAGUUUGUGAAUGAAGAAAAGUGUGAUCGUAGGCUCACCAGUCACAUAAAUCUAAUUGAUCUAGCUGGCAGUGAGUGCUGUACAAAGGCUCAGACUACUGGAGAAAGGCUGAAGGAAGGUGUGAGUAUCAAUAAAUCACUGUUGACCCUUGGAAGGGUUAUUUCUGCACUGUCUAAACAAUCUCAAAAUGGAAAGAAAACUUUCAUUCCAUACCGGGAAUCCGUCCUUACUUGGCUGUUAAAGGAAAGUCUUGGAGGCAAUUCCCAGACAACCAUGAUUGCCACCGUGAGCCCAGCUGGCAGCAGCACCGAGGAGACGCUCAGCACACUUCGCUACGCCAAACAGGCUUGUUCAAUUAUCAACAUUGCAAAAGUGAAUGAAGAUGUAAAUGUCAAACUAAUCAGAGAAUUAAAAGCUGAAAUUGAAAAACUGAAGGCAGCUCAGAAAAGUGCUCUGAACACUGAUCGUGAAAAAUACAGGCGUUAUUUGCAGGAAAUAACAUCUCUGAGGGUAGAAUUGCACCAGCAGGAGCGGAACAUGGCAGAAAUGCAAAGGGCCUGGAAAGAAAAACUUGAACAAGCAGAAAAAAGGAAAUUGGAAGAUAUAAAAGAAUUGCAGAAAGCUGGAAUUGCAUUCAAAAUGGACAAUCGUUUACCCAACCUUGUCAAUCUCAAUGAAGAUCCUCAGCUUUCUGAGGUGCUGUUAUAUAUGAUCAAAGAAGGAGAAACUACGGUUGGGAGAUGUACACAAAAUUCAAAACAUGAUAUCCAGCUUUCUGGAGUGCUGAUUGCUGAUGACCAUUGUGUUAUUAAAAAUACUGUUGGCCAAGUAAGUAUUAUUCCACUGAGAGAAGCCAAGACAUACGUAAAUGGGAAAUGCAUUUUGGACCCAACAAUUCUGCAUCAUGGUGAUCGAGUGAUUCUUGGGGGAGACCAUUAUUUCAGAUUUAAUCAUCCAGCAGAGGUUCAGAAAGUUAAAACACCUUCUUGUGGGACUUCGUGUUUGCAUGAUGGUCCAAAAGAUUUUGAAUUUGCAAAGAAUGAGCUGCUUAUUGCACAGCGAGCACAGCUUGAAUCAGAAAUUGAAGAGGCACGACUCAAAGCCAAGGAAGAAAUGAUGCAAAGUGUCCAAAUAGCAAAAGAGAUGGUUCAACAAGAACUGACUGCACAAAAAGAAGCAUAUGAGAGCAAAAUAAAGUCCCUAGAAGCAGAGGUGAGAGAAGAAUCUCGUAAGAAGCAAAUCCAAGAACUGAAUAACCAAAAAGCCACAACUAAAAUACAGGAGCUGGAGAAGGCAAAGAAAAGCCUUGAGCUAGAACUCAACUUCAGUAAAAAGCGUUUAGAAAUGGAGACCUUAGCUACCAAGCAGGCUCUAGAAGAACAUACUAUUCAUCAUGCAAAGAUAGUGGAAGCUCUGGAAGCUGAGAAGCAGAAGAUUGCUGAGGAAAUACACACCCUUCAGAAGAAUCAUGGAAGUGGGAAUAAACCAGUGAUGAUUCCACUGAACUGGAAGUCUCUGAAGCUCUCUGUGAUGAUUAAAGAGGCAAACACCAUUAGCAAUGCAUUAGGGAAAAACACUGUUUUCUGCAGGCAUGACAAAAUUGAUGAUAAAACAGGAUCAGUGUCUUCUGUUCAGGUGCAGGUUCGUAAUAUCAAACUGGGAAUAACAACUUUCUGGAGCCUAGAGAAAUUUGAAUGUAAACUAGCAGCAAUGAAAGAACUCUAUGAGAGUAAUGAUAGAAAUAAAGCUGUUGUUGAUGUGUUUUAUGAUCCUGCUGAUGAGUGGGAACCUGACCUUUCAGAUAGUUCCAUUUCCUUGCUUUCAAGAAGAAGAAGUAGAAGCUUCAUGAAGAACAAGAGAAUUUCUGGAUGUUUGUCUGAGAUAAAAUUGCAAUCUAUUCAGAAUAAACAGACUUCCUACAUAUCAGAUUCACUGAACAAGCCCAGCAUAUGCUCAAGCACUUCUGAAUUGUUUCUUCCUGGCAUUUGCAAGGAAACAAUAAGUUCAGCUUUAGAUUUGCUGGAACAGAAUCAUGAAGGAGGAAAAAGCAUAGCAGAUAGUAUCCUAACUAAUUUGUUUAUAAUUCUUUCUGGAGCAUCUGCCAUUUCAAAAGCUUAUGAACAGCAAGAUGAAGAAUGUCAGGAAAACUUUUUCUCUCUUGAUCGUGCUGCUCAGUCCUACAGCAUCAGAAUUGUCUCUGCUUUUGACCAGAUUGUGGUUAUAAGUAAACUCUGGCUUAAUAGUAUCCAAAAGUGUCCUGGAUCUAGAAAAGUUGAUGAAGAAAUGAAACAGGAAAUAAAGAACUUGGGAGGUUAUUUACAGUUGCUGUUGCAGGGGUGUUCUUCAGAUAUAUCCUCGAUGGUAACAGAAGCAUGGAGCAAAGUAAACCAAACAGUAAAACAAACAAUGAAAUAUGUAGGACACAUGGCAGUAGUCACAACAACUGAUAUUUCAUUUCCUGAAGAGAACAACAUUCCUGCCUUAAGUCUACAGGAAUUUGUACUUGCCAUUUAUGAUGGAGUAGGCUCAGGACUGGACUGUCUCAUUGAUGCUGUACAGGAGAAGGCAAGAAAAGCACAGAAGGAACUUGUGAAACUAUGUCCUCAAAAUGAGAUUCAAAAUCGAAUAAAGGAUAAUGUGGUGGCAUUAGCCAGAUUCCUUGAAAACAAUAUGCCUUACUGCAGAAAGAAAGAAACAGAAUCUCAGUUGCCAGAAGACUCUCUAUAUAGAGAAAUAAAGAAGAGCACUAAGAUUGCUGUGAAGUAUUUGGAAUUGGAGCAGUGCCUGACUGAAGUCUGUCAAAUUGUCUCUUCCAUGUUACAAGGGUUGUACAGAAACACCAGCCCUCUCAGGAGCUCUGCAGAAAAUAUUUCUGUCAUUGCCGGAUAUUUUAACAACUAUUUCAGUUUAUUUGCCUUGUCUUCUGCAAACAAUCCUAACCAGAAAAUGCAUGUGCCUUUUAUGAACCUGGAUGAAUUGGACUCUCUGGUUGAUUCCCUUAUUAUGAAUUUUGAACUUGAACAAGGACAGCCAUCACUGCAAUCUCAAAUUAUUCAUAAUGAAACUACUGAGACUCGAGGAGGGCAGGUUGAAACAGAUCAGGUUGAAUUUGCUUGGAAAUGGAAUGGGAUUCCAGAAUGCACACAGACUCCAGAGCUUUCACCUGGUAGGAUAGAAUGGGUAUAAAAUGUUAUUAUCAAGAAAUUAAAGAAAACUUUCUUACUGCAGCAUAUCACAACAAGCUAAAAUUUAUUGCUGUUAUUAUUAGUGAGUGAGUGGUGAGAAAGUAAAAUGCCAUGUUUGAGUACCCUGUAUUUCA